UUUUCUUCCUUUACUGAGAGAGAGAGUGUAAGUUAUUCUGUCUGCUACAGAGAUAACUUGAUUGAAAAACCUGUGAAAUGGCCUUACAAGGUCAUAAAUAGGCUCUCUUGAACUUUCUGUUUGUAUAUGUCCCUUUCUUCAAAUUUUUCUUGCCCUUGUCAUGCAAAUAUAUUCUCCUUUCUUCUUAUCAGAUUCCUAGAAGAAUUCUUUCUUCUGGGUGUUUUUUGGUUUUGGGAAUUAUUCGUAUCCACAAGUUUUUGUUUGUCUGAUCGUUUCUGUUUUGUACUGACAUCUCAGUUGUGCAUAGAGAUGGGUAUAUAUCUCAGCAGUCCCAAGACUGAGAAAUUCUCAGAAGAUAGUGAAAAUGACAGGCUCAGAUAUGGAUUAUCAUCCAUGCAAGGGUGGCGUGCCACCAUGGAAGACGCUCAUGCAGCAUAUCCUGAUCUGGAUGAUUCCAGUUCUUUCUUUGGUGUCUAUGAUGGCCAUGGAGGUAAAGUGGUUGCAAAGUUCUGUGCGAAGUUCCUCCACAAACAAGUUCUCAAGCAUGAGGCUUAUGAAGCUGGAGAUAUAGGAACUUCUGUUCAGAGAGCAUUUUUCAGAAUGGAUGAGAUGAUGCGUGGACAAAGAGGAUGGAGAGAAUUAGCUGUCUUGGGAGAUAAAAUAAAUAAAUUUACAGGCAUGAUAGAAGGAUUGAUAUGGUCUCCAAGGAGUAGUGAUGGUAAUGAUCGACCUGAUGACUGGGCUUUUGAGGAGGGUCCUCACUCUGACUUCGCCGGACCUACUUCUGGGAGCACAGCUUGUGUUUCGAUUAUCAGAAACAAUCAACUCAUUGUGGCAAAUGCUGGUGAUUCUCGCUGUGUGAUAUCUAGAAAUGGACAGGCAUAUAAUCUUUCAAGAGAUCACAAACCUGAUCAUGAAGCUGAAAAGAAAAGGAUUUUAAAAGCUGGUGGAUUUAUACAUGCAGGACGAGUGAAUGGUAGUUUGAAUCUUGCAAGAGCUAUAGGUGACAUGGAAUUUAAGCAAAAUAAAUUUUUGCCAGCUGAAAAGCAAAUUGUGACUGCCAAUCCCGAUAUAAACACUGUUGAGCUGUGUGAUGAUGAUGAUUUCAUUGUGCUGGCAUGUGAUGGAAUCUGGGACUGCAUGUCGAGCCAGCAAUUAGUGGAUUUUAUUCAUGAACAACUACAUUCGGAAAGCAAGCUUUCUGCGGUGUGCGAGAGAGUGCUCGAUAGGUGCUUGGCGCCAUCAACUGCAAUUGGCGACGGAUGUGACAAUAUGACUAUGAUCAUAGUGCAGUUCAAGAAACCAAUCCAGUCGGCGUCAUCUUGCAGUGAGCAAUCUUCACAAUCCAGAUCAACUGACACUGAUUUAAAAUCAGACUAAGAUUGACUCAAAAGUAGCUGCCAUUGCAGGCCGCCUCUCAUUGGAAUAUGCAAAAAUCCUCCAUUUUGCUUGAAAAUCUGCUAUCAAAUAUGUGUGCAUGUAGAUGAUCCACCACUGAAAAUGUUUAAGAAAUUUCAUUGCUGAUGCUGGUGUGUGUUUAGUUUUGACCAAUGGCAAUACCACAACAUUACAAACUGCAAUAGCUUGUACAGGUUUUACCAGUUAUUGAAACUGCAUCUAAUAUUAUAUUAGCUGUCUCACAUUUUCUGCCAA